UAUAUAGAGACAUUACAUAUUAUACAUAAAGAAAUCCAAACAUCAUAUCUUCAGACACAGAGUGUUGCAAAGAUCUGCCGACAAUGGGUUCUCUCGGCGUCUCGGACAAAGGAUCUCAGAACUCGUCGUUUCAGGGAAGUGAGACGUUUCUGCGGGAUGUGUUCGGGGGAAUACUGAAUACGUAUCUGAGGAAGAACCCUACGGUUCAUGCAAUAUGGGAACUUGUCCGCUCCGAUGGCGACGACAGGAUCUUCUACGACCACUUCACUUUCAGGACCCUAUUCGUCGAUGGUUAUGGAAUUGAUUCGUUAUCAAGUUUUUUCAUGGAAUAUGGAUACAAAGUAGGAGGUGGAAUGGAUUUUCCGGAGAAAAAAUUACGUGUACUGUGGUUUUCUCCGCCGCAAGUUCAUGUCCCCGUCGACGGUCACGGCCUCGACAAUGGCCCCUUGCCCCGACUUGUCAUCGCCGAGGUCCUCGUGGACGAACUAAGUCCUACAUCACAGGAGAUAAUAAGGAAGUAUCUGAAACCGGGUGGUGGUAAGCAAGCCGUUCUUUCAAGUACACUCGGAUCUUUAAUGUGGGAGAAGCCAACAUCGACCGAUUUCAAGCAACUUGCCAAGGAAAGCGAAAUUGCGGCUUGGACGCUUGUCCACGGAUACACGAUGAACCACCUUGCGUUCGCGGUUCAUCGGAUGAAAAACGGUCUCGGCAACAUCCAAAGCGUCAAAGAUUUUCUCCAGGGAAAAGGGUUCAAACUGAACAAGGAAGGAGGGAUUGUAAAAGUGAGUGAGGACAGUCUUUUACUGCAAAUCUCGUCGAUUUCGGAAAGACUUGAGGUAGAAUUUGCGGACGGGGUGACUGAGUCGAUCCCUGCUUCGUACAUCGAGUUCACUGAACGUCUCGUUUUGCCACAAUACAAAGAUGUGCCAGGAGACGAGAUCAAAGAGUUGCACAGACGUGAAGGUUUUGAGUUGGAAAGCGCCAACAACGUUAUGGAAAGCACACGUUUCACGGUCGAUCAUAUUGUCUAAAACUAUAUAUAUACACGCCUAAUUUCGGACCAUUUGUGCUCGAUCGGUUCCAAGUACAAUAUCACAUGUCUCUUAUAUAUAUAUAUAUAGUCGUAUUUUGCGUGCCCAACUCGUGAAUGAGCCUAUAUCAAACUCUUAAUUAUAA